AAAAAAAGAAAGAAAAAAAGAAAAAGGAAGUAAGAAGAGGGAAAAUCAUCGAGCAUAAAAGACACAGGCGAGAGAGUACUGAUUCCUUUCAAUUUUCUCUGCAUUCUGAACUUCCUCCGAUAAUUUUGAUCGCCUCUCCGGUGAACGCGAUGGCAUUUUGGUGGACUCUGAUUGUUCUAGGAUUUGCUUACGCGAUCUGUAGGUUUCUGUUGAUGCUCAUCCCUCCGAAUGUGCCUUCAAUCGAUGUUGAUGCAUCUGACGUUAUGGACGACGGGAAUCAGACGCAGGAGAAUAGCUUCAUCUACAUUCCUCCUAGAGUAAAGACACAACAGCAAGACAAGAGAGUCCAAUGUUAUGAGCCUGCGACCAUGAAAUACCUGGGCUAUUUCCCUGCACUAUCACGAGAUGAGGUCAAGGAGCGUGUUGCUUCAGCCAGGACAGCACAGAAAGAAUGGGCCCAAAGUAGCUUCAAGCAAAGACGUUUGCUUUUGCGGAUACUUUUGAAGUAUAUAGUUGAACAUCAAGAGCUUAUUUGCGAGAUCUCCUCCCGUGAAACUGGAAAGACAAUAGUAGAUGCUAAUAUGGGAGAAGUAAUGGCCACAUGUGAAAAGAUUACUUGGCUUCUUUCAGAGGGUGAGAAAUGGCUGAAGCCUGAGAUGCGAUCAUGUGGAAGGGCAACGAUACACAAGAAAGCCCGAGUGGAAUUUCAUCCCCUUGGAGUUAUUGGUGCAAUAGUCCCGUGGAACUAUCCAUUCCAUAACAUUUUCAAUCCAGUGCUUGCAGCAGUCUUUGCAGGAAACGGCAUUGUAGUUAAGGUUUCAGAACAUGCAAGUUGGUCUGGAUGCUUCUACGUUAGGAUUAUCCAAGCUGCACUUGCUGCCGUUGGAGCUCCUGAGAGUUUGGUCGAUGUGAUAACUGGGUUUGCUGAAACAGGUGAGGCCUUAGUAUCUUCUGUAGACAAAAUGAUAUUCGUUGGAUCUACUGGUGUUGGUAGGAUGAUAAUGAAAACUGCUGCCGAGACACUUAUUCCAGUUACUCUUGAGUUGGGUGGAAAGGAUGCAUUUAUUGUGUGCGAGGAUGUAGAUUUGGAUCACGUUGUAAACGUUGCUCUCAGGGCUUCUAUUACAUCAAGUGGACAUAAUUGUACUGGAGCAGAGAGAUUUUAUGUCCACAAGACCAUUUAUUCUUCGUUUGUGGAUAAAAUAUCAGAACGUGUGAAGGCUAUUACAGUUGGCCCACCGCUAGCUGGGAAAUAUGAUAUGGGAGCCAUCUGUACGCAAGAGCAGUCUGAGAAACUUCAAAGCCUUGUAAAUGACGCCUUAGAUGGGGGGGCAAAAAUUGUUGCUCGUGGAACUUUUGGACAUUUACCUGAAGGUGCUGUAGAUCAAUAUUUCCCGCCUACUGUUAUUGUGGAUGUCAACCAUACUAUGAAGUUGAUGCAAGAGGAGGCAUUUGGACCAAUCAUGCCCAUAAUGAAAUUCAGCACAGACGAUGAGGUUGUGAAGCUUGCAAAUGACUCUAGAUUUGGGCUUGGCUGUGCUGUGUUUUCUGGCAAUCAGCAGCGUGCCAAGAAUAUUGCUUUGCAGAUACGUUCUGGAAGUGUUGCAAUUAAUGACUUUGCCACAAAUUAUUUGUGUCAGUCAUUACCAUUUGGUGGCGUGAAAGAGAGUGGAUUCGGUCGAUUUGCAGGCGUUGAAGGACUACGAGCUUGUUGUCUCGUCAAAGCAGUCGUUGAGGAUAGAUGGUGGCCCUACAUUCAGACCAAGUAUCCUAAGCCUCUUACGUAUCCUGUUGCAGACAACGCUUUCGAGUUUCAGAUGUCAAUGGUUGAAGCAACGUACGGGCUUAACAUAUGGGAUCGAUUAAGAGCAUUGGUGAAUGUUCUAAAGAUCCUGUCGGACCAAAACACUCCACCUAAAGAUGACUCUCCCACUGCCGGUGCAACUAAGAGAGCUGAUUGAG